UCGAAGAAGAAUUGUGCAUGGGUUAAGCUAGAAAACUGCUGCAUUGUCCCAUUCCUGCUAAUAUUUCAGCAACCAUGUCUUCAGCUCAGCAUCUCAGAGAGUUUAUCAGAGAGAGACUAACUGCUGCUGCUCAAGAAAUCUUCACCGAGGUUGAAAAAACCAUCAUUUGCUACGAGGAAGAGCUCGAUGCUCAGCGCAGGAUGAUGGGGAUCAACUGGAAACCAGAAAUUAAGCUACACAGAGUCGGUUCGGAGCUGCAGAGACAAAGUUCUGACCUCCAACAGCCAAGUGUCUCCAAUGAGGAAGAAGCUUCUGCCAUCCAACAAGUCUGUAGCCUGGCAAGUAGGUCCAGUCAGGAUCAGAAAGAAGCAGAACAUCAGUGGACUGAAGAGGUACAGAUGGAACCAGAACCAAAAUGGAUUAAAGAAGAAGUGAACGAACCACAACCUGCACUGCUCAAAUAUGAGGAAUUGGAUUAUCCACUAACAAAUGUAAAAAAAGAGGAGUUAGAUUGUUUAGUGCUUCAACAUGAACAGCAGCCACCAGAACAUUUACCAACUGGACAGGACCAGAAGAACCUCUGCAGCAGUCAGGAGGGAGAGCAGCUUGUCCAGAAGCAGUUUGCUGCUUUGACUGAGACUUCUACUCUUCAGGAAGAUGAUAUGAAUGAAGAAGAGAGAACAGAGCAGCUUUCCCUUCAUAUCUCUCCACUGGUUGAGAGCAAAGAUCAGGAAGGAAGCAGCUCCUCUGUGUCAGAGAGUCAGUCUGGUACCAGUACAAAAAAAAGAUCUUUCAAAUGUGACAUUUGUGGGAGAUGUUUCCCACAACAGAGUAAUUUUUUAAACCAUUACAGAACUCACACUGGUGAGAGACCUUUUUCAUGCCAAUCAUGUGGAAAAGGUUUUUCUCAUAUUAGUAAUUUUUAUCGUCACAAGAAAAUUCAUACUGGGGAGAAACCUUUUUUAUGCCAAUCAUGCGGAACGAGUUUCUCUCAACAUAGUCAUCUAAAUGACCACAAGAAAAUUCAUACAGGUGAGAAGCCUUUUUCAUGCCAGUCAUGCGGAAAGAAUUUCACUCGUCUUAGCAACUUAAAUCGUCACAAGAAAAGUCAUACAGGUGAGAAGGGUUUUCACGAUAAACAAUAAAUCAAUCAACACUAAAUAAAUAUGAGCUUAAUAAUAAAAUGAUGGCUAUAAUAUUACUUCUUUGUUUUCAUCGUCUCUCCUUCUACAAAGAAACUGGAUGAGAAAAAGUUUCACUCCCGUGCCUCCUGCUAUUCCCUGCCCUCUCAUUUUAUUGGUAGCGGCUAAACACACAGGAAGCUAAAAGCGUCAAUUUUCUUCCACUCUGGCUGAACCGAACACCUGGCACACGAUAGCGAUGAUAACAACAAAAGAUGAAAGGUUUCCAACUUUCUUGCAUAGCGUCUAUAGGUGUAUGAGCUAGAAAUGUCACAUGCAUAAAUUGUGUCUUUUGCUCAGCUGGAUGAGAGCUAGCGACUGUUGUCUCACUACGCAAUCUCCAUAAGAGGGAGAAGCGCCGUCUCCUGUCAUCGUGUGACCAUUACUUCAGUUACCUGCUGGGCUCCUUGUCUCCUACCACACAGUGUAGCAUAAAGCCUGGUGAGGAGGAGCAAGAGGUCUGGGAGCCUCUUGGAUUCAAACUACAGUCUAUCCAUGUUUCUUAUAGACAAAGUUACUGAUAAAGAGAAACCCUUUCAUUUGUCCUUUUCUUUUUUUCUCUUCUUUGAAAACCUGGAUGUUAUUUUCUUGACUGCAUUGUUCCAGUCAGUCGUUGUAGUCUUUGGCUGCUGCUGAACACUGUUGCCUACAAGUUCACUAAGCAGGAGCAAACCAUUUAAUACAGAUCCACAGGGCUGUUCAGUAAAUAUGGAUCUUUGCUUUUUGAUCUGGGAAUGGUAACUUUUAAUUUUUACUGCUAAAAACAAGUAAAACAAAAAAUUAUAUUAUAGACAGAGGCAGUAAUAUUUUUUCUAUUUAUAUAAAAUUGAACCCCUGUAAAAAUUUGUGCUGAUGGGAUGUAUUAAACAACUUCACAACUGCAACAUAUGGUGAAAUUAGAUAUUUCUAACAUUUUUAACUAUUAGUCAUUGUUUAUCUGCCUUGUGAUGUUUUUUACUUGAUGAUUUGUGUAUUUUUUUUUCUAAAUUGGAUGGACUACAUUUUGUCUCGUAAUAAAGAUUUAUGAAUUAAUACUAA